CAGAAUAUAAAAAUUAGACCUCGUCAUCCACUAAUAUUAGAAUUGUGAUGAAAAUACACAUGAUUAACUUAUUUGCACUCGACGCGGGGCUGACGUGCACGAAAAAUAAUAAAUUAAUGAUCAUCGGUCUUUUAAAAAUGGCAAAGGUCUGAGCAUAACAAUCAUCAAGAGUGGAUAAUGACCUCGAACACAGAUACAACAAUUAACUCCCAAAAGCUCAGAAAGGUGGAAUUGGAAGUGCUUAUUCCAAAGAAGAUAAGAGAAAAGGCAAAGAUUUUGUGUGACAAAGAAGUUGCUGAUUUCACAAAAUGUUGUAAAGAAAGUUCCCUUGCAAUGGUUUAUAAAUGUAGAGCAGAAAAUUCAGCAUUGAAAGAAUGUUUAACCAAACACAUUGAAAGAAUGUUUAACCAAACAUGCACACAGGAAUACCUACAGGAGAGAGAAGAAUAUAGAAGAACAGGAGUAAAGCAAAAGCCAAAAAGAUAUCCUAGCAUGUCAUGAGGGAGAACCAGCUAAGAUGCAGCUGAAAUGAACAGGACUGAGAGCUCACAAAAUUAAAAACAAUGGACUAUACCAUCAUGAUAUAACUAAUGCCAAAUUACUCCAUAAUAUUGUGUUAAAAGGAAAUUAAUGAUCUCAUGUCGUAAUUUAGCUACAGGUGGCUGAACAUGGCUGCCGUUGGUUACAUUUUGUGCAAACCUUGAAAUGAAUGAGAAGGUUAUUCAUCAAUUUAUAUUUCUUCAGGUGUAUUUUUAUGUUCAAACGUAACAUAAUUAGGCCUAUAUAUACCAUUAAGUUUCUAUGGGAAUUAUUUCGUAAAUAUUUUGUGGAAUAAAAUUAUCCAAUUUAAAUAUAUGUGUGUUAACUCUAAUUUUUUGAAGCGUAACAUAAUGAGGCAUAUAUAUACCAUUAAAAUUCUAUGGAAAUUAUGUCGUAAAUUUUUUGUGAAAUAAAAUUAUCCAAUUUAAAUA